UUAAAAGGAUAUAAUAUAACGUACUAACGAUUAACGAACCACCUCUCCCGAACAAAACCCAAAGGAGAAGAAAGUAGAAAUGGCCGCUUUGAGCAUUGGAUAUCAAAUUCAUUUCCAUUUCAAUCCUCCUAAUCUUCUUCCUUUACCGACCAAAUUCAGUUCUCUCUCUUUUACUGCUAAACACCCGUUAAGAUGGCAUCACAUUGGGUGCCCCAAAAUCUGUGCUCCACCAGCUGUUUCAGUAAUGGCUUUUGGAAGUUCCAGAGAGGUGCUUCCUCCUGCCCUUGAUUCCUCUUCAGAGCCACCAGCUAUCUUUGAUGGAACUCCCAAGCUUUAUAUCUCUUACACAUGCCCAUAUGCCCAACGUACGUGGAUUGCUAGAAAUUAUAAGGGGUUGCAGGAAAAGAUAAAGUUGGUUCCUAUUGAUCUAAAGAACCGGCCAGAUUGGUACAAGGAGAAGGUUUAUCCAGCAAAUAAGGUACCAUCACUGGAACACAACAAUGAAGUUAAGGGAGAGAGUAUGGAUCUAAUUAGAUAUAUCAACAGUAACUUUGAAGGACCUUCACUUUUCCCAGAUGAUCCUUCCAAGAGAGAAUUCGCAGAAGAAAUGUUCUCCCACUUUGACUCCUUUUACAAAGCUGUAAUUUCGUCUUUCAAGGAAGACACAGUAAAUGAUGCCAUUGCAGCAUUUGAUUCCAUUGAGACUGCUCUUUCCAAGUUUGUUGAUGGACCUUUCUUCCUUGGUACGUUCAGUCUGGUGGAUAUAGCUUAUGCUCCAUUCAUUGAAAGAUUUCAGCCCUUCUUGCUCGAUGUAAAGAACUUUGAUAUUGCAACAGGCAGGUCAAAACUUGCAGCAUGGAUCGAGGAGAUGAACCAAAUUGAGGCUUAUACAGUAACUAAACGCGACCCAAAGGAGCUUCUGGAAAGCUAUAAAAAACGUUUCUUGUCUCAGGUUUGAGCUCUGCCAUUACGCAGCAUCCACAAUCAUGCAAAGAUUACUGCUGAACAGUUUGUAUGUGAAGUAAAUUGAUGUUUUACUGAAGUAAUCAGUUUAAUCAAAAUUUCAUAGCCUGCCUUCUACUUUGGCAGACUAAGGAGAAUGUCAAAAGAUUUUUGAAAUGCAAGAACUUUCUUUUGGCAUUCA